AUGGGUUCGGAAUCGAACUCUCCCAAAAUAGUAUGGGGAAAGGCUAGCUCGGCGGACAAUGGUGAUUCAGACACAUUGUCAUACUAUCAUGACGGUAGGUCGGUGUCGCCGCCGGACUCCGAGCUGGGUCAUGGACUGGCGAACGUGCAGGCAACACCGGCAUGGUAUCGUAAUAUGGACUAUUUGUCGCCUAAUGUCAUGUCGGACACAUUUGACUCAUUUCGACAUGCGAGCAAUGACGAAAUCGGACUCUUGUCGCCAGCUGACAUUGCCGCACGAUCGCCCCCUCUGCUCAUGCCAGUGCCGUCUUGGGACGACUUGCCAUACGACCGGCCCCCGAACCAUAUGAUCUCGGGAAAUAAAUGGGACGAAUAUCACGACGAUACGAUCGCGCCAGAGACACCCAAGUUUGCGCAUCCGUUGUGGGCCUCGAGUCCCACAUUUUCACCCCAACCGGGCUCCCUACAACCUGCCAAUGCCUGGCAUGGAACCUUCGGACACCCCAAUAUAUUUGAUUCGCCGGGCAAGCCAUGGGAGUCGGAUGAUUUCACAUCGCAAACACGUCAAAUUCGACACAGUCAGGGACCAGAUACCUCCAGCAAGGAACAUGUCAUAUACCGUCACGCCAGCUCUAAGAAGGGAUCUAGUCUGGCACAGGAAAGUCACCAACAAAAUACCAAGCACAGCCGACGGAGAUGGGGCAAGGCGGACAAAGCUCGCAAGCCCUCACCAACUGUCUCACCUUCUCCCACAGGGACCAAGCCUGUCAAAUUUAAUGCAUUGUUCCGAUAUGCAACACCGUUAGAACGCUUCUUGAACUUGAUUGGUAUCAUAUGCGGUGCUGCAUCCGGAACGGCUCAACCGCUCAUGACGAUCUUGUUUGGUAACCUGGCCAACAAGUUUCUUGCAUCGAGUAAUCCUAGCCUAACGGAUCAACAAAAAAUCGACUACUUCCUCGCCGCGGCUCAUAUGGUGAACGACGAUGCUAUAUACCUAGUCAUUAUCGGCAUUGCGUCCUUUGUCGUUAUUUACGUCUACAUGGCCAUUUUUGUAUAUACAGGCGAGGUGAUCACACAGCGGAUCAGGAAGGAGUACCUUCGAGCUAUUUUGCGGCAAGACAUCGCCUACUUUGAUUCACUGGGAGCCGGUGAAAUAACGACACGCAUUCAAAGUGACAUUCAGUUGAUCCAAGAUGGUAUCAGUGACAAACUUCCGCUCAAUGUCGCCUUCAUUUCAACGUUUAUUACGGGCUUUAUUAUUGCGUACGUUCGAAACUGGAAAUUGGCUCUCGUGAUGACCUGCAUCUUACCUUGCAUUGUCGGCUCAGCCAUUGUGAUGAACAAAUUUGUCUCGUCGUACCAACAAGUCGAACUGGAGCAUGUGGCCAAAGCAGCCUCGAUUGCAGAGGAAGGCAUUUCGACGGUUCGCACCGUCAAGGCUUUUGGCAUGAAUGCGCACCUAGCCAAGCUGUACGAAUCUCGAAAUGCCACGGCUUUCACAGCAAGUAGGCGACGAGCUGUUGCCUCAGGCAUGGGUAUUGGUGCUUUCUUUUUUUGCAUUUACUGUGCCUAUGCCUUGGCGUUCUAUUUUGGCUCUAAACUUGUCGCAAAUGGCGAGGUACAAGGCGGCAUCGUCAUGAAUGUCAUCUUCUCCGUACUUAUCGGAGCUUUCAGCAUGGCUAUGCUUGCACCCAACUUGCAGUCCAUGAGUUUCGCGCAAGCAGCAGGUGGUAAAGUCUUUGAAACGAUCGACAGGCCUUCCAAAAUCGACUCAUUCAGCUCCGAGGGACUUCGGCCAGCUACAUGCCUAGGUCAUUUGUCUGCGCAGAACGUGACGUUUGCGUACCCUUCUCGACCCGACGUUCGCAUUUUAAAGGACUUCAACCUCGAGUUUCCACACGGUCAAGUGACGGCACUCGUGGGUCAGUCUGGCUCUGGCAAAAGCACCAUCAUCUCGCUCGUCGAACGUUUUUACGAUCCCUUGGAGGGUGACAUCCUGUUAGACGGCGUGCCAAUCCGUGAACUAAAUAUCCGAUGGUUGCGUUCGCAAAUUGGCCUUGUGUCUCAAGAACCGACCCUUUUUUCCACAUCCGUGUGGGAAAACAUUGCUUUUGGCUUGUUGCAUACCGAGUAUGAUAAUUAUUCCGAGGAGGAGAAGGACAAGUUGAUUGUGCACGCGGCCCAUUUGGCGAAUGCACACGCUUUUAUCACGCAGCUUCCUCAAGGCUAUCAGACGCAAGUCGGUGAACGAGCUGCUCUUUUGAGUGGUGGGCAAAAGCAACGCAUCUCUAUCGCUCGUGCGGUGGUAAAAAAUCCUCGCAUCCUGCUCUUGGAUGAGGCAACCAGUGCCCUUGAUACUGCAAGUGAGGGCAUUGUCCAAGAUGCACUGGAUCGCGCGUCGCACGGUCGUACCACUAUCACGAUCGCACACCGCCUCAGUACCAUUAAGAAUGCGAACAAUAUUGUGGUGAUGAAAGGUGGUGCGAUUAUGGAACAGGGCCGUCACGAUGCGCUCCUUGAGAAUCCCAAGGGUAUCUAUGCAGGUCUUGUGGCAACCCAAGACAUUCAUAACAAUAAUGCGCAGGCUCUGUUGAGCGUGCCAGUGGCUGCCACGAAUACCUCAGCCGUGGAGAACGACACACUGGCCCGCAUGCCAAGCAAAAUGAGCAUGAAAUCUACCGAUUCUACCUUGGACGAUGUGAUGAAAAUGCAAGGUCUCAAGAUAGGUCAAUAUGACCAAGCCAAGCCGACUAAACCGAUAAGUUUGCCGGGUCUCUUGCGCCGUCUAAGCUACGUUGGACGAGACCUAAUUACGCCCUACUUCCUGCCUGGACUCUUGUGCGCCUGUGCUACAGGCGCGGCCUACCCAUGCUUCUCCAUCUUAUUUGGUUUGGCUCUCAAUAAUUAUGGCCAGUGUCAGAACGACGAGGGUGACCCAUGCCCUGAGCCUAUUCGUGACCAAAUGCGCCACACGGCAAAUCAUCAUGCCCUGUACUUUUUUGUGAUCGCUAUUCUUUCGACCGUUGCCACUGUCUUCCAGAAUGCGCUCAUUCAGCAGGGUUCCGCAGCUCUGAUGCAGCGUCUUCGAGCACUCAUGUUCAGGGCAUACAUGCGAGCGGACGUUGCUUACUUUGAUGAAGAUGGUCACAGUAGCGGCACACUGACUUCGUCUCUGGCUGAGAACACGCUGAAAGUCAACAGUUUUGUUGGUGUGUCCAUGGGGGCCAUUGCCCAGUCGCUUUCUACUCUUAUCAUCGGUUCGAUUAUAUCUCUCAUUUACGGCUGGAAACUUGCGCUGGUCGUCAUGGCCUGUGUCCCAUUCACUUUGUCUGCCGGCUUUGUGCGACUCAAGCUCGUUGUACAAAAAGACGUUAAGGUACGUCAGGUCCAUUUAGCUACUUCACACAUGGCCUGUGAGUCUGCAUCUGCGAUUCGCACCGUCGCCGCUUUGACCCGGGAGGAAGAUUGCUUGAAGCGCUACGAUGCAGCACUCAAAGAGGCAUCCAAGGUGGCCAAACGUGCUGCACUCUGGGGAAAUAUUUUCUACGCUUUCUCGCAAUCGACAGCCUACUUUGUGAUUGCCUUAGGAUUUUGGUACGGUUACCGCCUUGUUAUGCGCAUGGAGUAUACAUCAAGUCAAUUUUUUACCAUCUUUACUGCGAUUGUUUUCGGCAGUAUUCAGGCAGGCAACGUGUUUAAUUUCGUGCCUGACAUUUCCAAUGCCUCGAACGCAGGUACCAGCAUGUUUGCAUUACUCGAUCAAAAGCCGCAAAUUGACAUUCAGUCAAACGAGGGCACUGUAUUGCACGAAUGUCAGGGACAUGUGCAAUUUGAAAACGUUGGAUUUGAGUACCCAACACGUCCAGGAGCCCCGGUACUGCGUGGCAUCAACAUGGACAUUCCGCCUGGUUCUUACUGUGCGCUCGUCGGCAGCAGUGGUUGCGGUAAGUCAACAACAAUCCAGCUCAUGGAACGAUUCUACGACGUGAGCUCUGGUCGCAUUUUGCUGGAUGGACACGAUAUUCGCACGCUAAAUCUAGCGUCGCUUCGUAAACACAUUGCGCUGGUUUCCCAGGAGCCAACAUUGUACGACGGCACGAUUGAAUUCAAUCUACGCUUAGGUGCUCUUGAAAACCCAGAUGAUGUGACGGAAACGCAGCUGAAAGAGGCAGCACGUUCUGCCAACAUUCUUGACUUUAUUGAAGGGCUGCCCGAAGGAUUCCGCACGCAGGUCGGCAGUAAAGGUACUCAGCUUAGUGGUGGUCAAAAACAACGCUUGGCUAUUGCACGCGCACUUAUUCGGAAUCCCAAGAUCUUGUUGCUGGAUGAAGCUACAAGCGCCCUUGACUCUGAUUCUGAAAAAAUUGUGCAGAAAGCUUUGGACGCUGCUGCUACCGGUCGUACCACAAUAGCCAUUGCGCAUCGUUUAGCUACGAUCGCACAUGCCGACUGCAUCUUUGCGUUCCAUCAAGGUGUGAUUUCCGAGGCAGGCAACCACCAGACAUUAUUGCAACAAAAUGGUAUUUAUGCCAACUUGGUUACGUUACAGGCGCUCGAAAAGCAUUAG